AUGAAUCAUCUUAUUCUAGCUUAUUUGUGGAGGUUUUAGCACAAAUAGUAAAAUUAUAAUAAAUCGAAAUUUGUUUAUUAUUGGGUUUGCAAAUAAAAUUUGAAAAAGCAAAUUUUGAUCUAUUCAUAUAAAUUUUACUAUUUGAAAAAUUCUGUGCUAAAAUCCCUACUAAUUAUUAGGAAUUUUCUAAUUCCUGGGAGAGUUAUCGAAGAAGGGGUAGAUAUUGAAAAUAAAGAUAUAAACAUUGAAAAUGCAAACAUUAAUGAAAAGAAACCAAUGAGAAAGCGUACUUGCUCUUUAAUAGCAAGUCAUUUUGUUAUCAGCGAUUACAAAACAAAGGGUUUAUCAAAAAAUAGUAGUAUAGAAAACAGCUCCGAUGUAAAUAUUUUCAUAGCAAACAACAAAAUAGAUAGCACUCCAAAUAUAUCCCCAAAACCCAAAAUUUUGAAACCUGAAACAAAUAUCUCUUGCUUUUCUAAAAUUUCUCCGAUGUCACUACUUCUCCCUUUAAAUUAGAGCAAAAUAUCUUUAAUAAUUCUAUUUUUGGGUAAAUUACUGGAAAAAAAUUUAUAUUUUAUGGUAAAAAUUUAUUCUUUGCAAAUAGCUUUAAUAUCCUAUUUCAUGUUGGUAAAUCGAAAUUUACCUUAAUUUAUUUGUUUUAAACGGGGGAUUAUAAUAGAGCAAUAUUUUAUAUCAGACUUAGAUUGCAUAAGGCAAGUCCAUAUUUCUGGUAGGUAUGCUACUUAGCCAUACCGUUCUAUUAUGACCAAUAAAGUAGAAGUUGGAAAAAAAUUUAAUUUAAAGAGGGAGUAAAGCAAUUGAGCGCUACAGAAAAAAGAGAAUUAGCCCUUUGUAACAAGAUUUACUAUUUUCCUAUUACGAGAAAAAUCCUGCCGAAAUAUUAUGAUAAAGAUGGAAAUUAUAUCGGAACCCCAAAAGAUCACAUAUGCUAUCGCUAUGAAAUCAUUAAAAAAAUCGGUUCAGGAAGUUUUGGCCAAGUUUUCAAAUGCUUUGAUCACAAAGCUAAUAACUUUGUUGCAAUAAAAAUUCUUAACUCGCCCUAUUAAAUUUCCAUUUUUUGGCAAAUUAAAUCCCUUUAAUUUGGAACAGAUUUUUUAUUUCCAAUUUAAAGAGGAUUAAGCGUCACUUUCAGUUCAGAAAAAUAGGAAAUGAUGAAGCAAAACUACUUGGAUUUCUCAACAGUCUUGAUCAAUCAAAUAGCAAAUAUAUUAUUAAAAUUCAAAAAAGAUUUGAUUUUCGAGGCCAUGUUUGUUUGUCGCAAGAACUUCUUGGUGAUAAUCUCUAUCAAUUUAUUCAAUCAAACAAUGGGAAAUUAAAUUUAAAUACAAUUAAAAUCAUUACAAAGCAGCUUCUUAUAGCUCUUAACCAUAUUCACGAUAACAUGAUAAUUCAUUGUGAUUUAAAGCCUGAAAAUAUACUUUUUAAAAAUCAAGAAAAUUUAGAUAUAAAACUUAUAGAUUUUGGAUCAUCAUGCAAAAUAAAUGAAGGAGCUUUUGGAGCUUAUAUGCAGAGUAGAUAUUAUAGAGCGCCUGAAGUUGUUUUGAGGCUAAAUCUGUAUACAGCUAUAGAUAUGUGAUCUCUUGGAUGUGUGAUUGUUGAACUGCAUACAGGAUUGCCGCUUUUUCCUGCGAGAGAUCAAAAUGAUUUAUUAAAUUUAAUUAUGUGCACUAUUGGGACUCCUUCAGCAGAAUUUUUGAGGAAAGUAAAAGAUGAGAGCAAGUGCUUCGCAGGCAACAAAGAAUUUUUGGAAUUAUUUGAAUGAUUAGAUUAGAUUAAUUAAAUUAGAAUGCGUCUUCGGUAUUUAUUUCACCCUCUCUGCUUUCGCCUACUUCAUACUCCUCACCUUAGGCAUCAGUUUUCACUUACGCCUUUUCUUUUGAAAUCACCAAAAAUGGUAACUUCGCAAUCUCUUGGGGAAACGCACCAGGUGCUUCCUUGGACAACUCCUACCGGUCGGCAUUAUCUAUCCGAGGAUGAGAGACAGGACACAACCUUAUUCCUCCUUUGUCCCUGGCAGAAUGGCGGGUCGGAUAAGUCGCCGUUUUAUUUACAUUUAUUUGAAAGAAGAAAUAAAAAACCUACUUCGAAGUGUAUUGAAAAUAUUCUUGAUAAUUGCGAUGAAGAAUUUGUAGAUUUCGUUAAAAAAUGCAUAGUUUGGGAUCCAGAAUUAAGAAUUACCGCAAAAGAAGGGUUGUACCAUUCAUGAAUUUCACGUAUUUAA